AUGUCGGUCGGAGACAGGUUGCAUGUUGCCGUGGUCGGUGGCGGGCUGGUUGGAGCCCUUAAUGCCUGCUUCUUUGCUAAAAGAGGGUUCAAAGUUGAUCUGUACGAGUCUAGGCCAGAUAUUCGUCUGCAGGAAGUCGUACAGGGCAGGAGCAUCAACUUGGCUCUGUCAUUCCGGGGUCGGGAAGCCCUGAAAGCCGUGGGUCUGGAAGAGAAGAUCGUUCAGAAUGGGAUUGCCAUGUACGCCCGCAUGAUUCACGACAAGGAUGGGAGCCGUAAGCCAAUCCCGUAUGGCAGGAAGCAUCAGUAUAUAAUGUCAGUGAGCCGCAGAUUGCUCAAUGAACACCUGUUAACAGCUGCAGAGAAAUAUCCAAAUGUUACCAUUCACUUUGAGCACAAAUUGUUUGGUUGUGACUUCAAUGUAGGACAAGUUAUGUUUCAGAAGUCAGAUGGUGACACAGUGACAAACACAGUUGACCUGAUUGUGGGAAAUGAUGGUGCCUUCUCCGCUGUACGGCGACAAAUCAUGAAGACUGUUAGGUUUGACUUCCAGCAGACAUAUAUCCCCCAUGGGUACAUGGAGCUGUGUAUCCCGCCCUCACAUGACCAGUUCGCCAUGGAGAAGAACUACCUUCACAUCUGGCCCAGGAACGAAUUCAUGAUGAUAGCUUUGCCUAACCUGGAUAAGAGUUUUACCACCACACUUUUCAUGCCGUUUGAAAUCUUUGAAUCCAUCCAGACAGAAAAUGAAUUGUUGCAGUUUUUCCAGGAGAAAUUCCCAGACUCCAUUGAGUUGUUGGGAGAAGAAGCCCUGAAGAAGACCUACAUUAACAGUAAGCCACUUCCCAUGAUUUCUAUCAAGUGUUCACCAUAUCAUGUUGGAGACAAAGCUGUGAUCAUGGGAGAUGCUGGCCAUGCCAUGGUUCCAUUCUAUGGUCAGGGAAUGAAUGCUGGUUUUGAAGACUGUUUACUGUUCGAUGAACUCUUGGAUAAGUACCACAAUGACCUAUCUAAAGUUCUUGCUGAAUAUACCCGCAUCAGAAGUGUGGAUGCCAAAGCCAUCUGUGACCUGGCCAUGUAUAACUAUGUGGAGAUGAGAGAAUCAGUCAAUUCCAAGCUGUUUCUCUUGAGAAAGAAGCUGGAUAAUUUAUUACACUGGCUAUUUCCGAAUUAUUGGAUACCUCUCUAUACAAUGGUGUCUUUUACUCGUACCAGGUAUCAUGAAGCCAUUGAGAAAAGGAAAUGGCAGGACAAGAUUCUAUCUGCAUGUACACGGGUCAGUGUGCUGAUGACCAUAGUAGGGGGCGCUUUUCUCAUCAGGCAUCUCCUCAGGAACAGCACGUUCAGCAACAGUGUUUCAACGGCUUUCCCGAAACUUCAAAUCCCACCUGCUAUUUCCACCUUUUUCAAUCACGAAUAAUGUCACAAAAGUUUCAGUAAUUGGUUUUCUGGUAAAGUGAAUCUUUUAGAUGUCAUCAGAGGGUAGGGAAACACAAAAAAGUCAUCUAUUUAACUUGUCGGAAACGUGGACUGUUUGGCUGACUUUUUCAGUUGAAAACAUAUCAAUUUGAUCAGUAAUCCUUGACAAAGAGGAAAUCUUAAAAAACAUUAAUUUCAGGCAAAAGGUAGAUUUUGAAUUUUAUUUUUAUUACAUUAUUUUUUUUUAAAGUGUUUAACACAUAAUAAGAUUGGUGUUGUCUCAAGUCCACAAGUCUCAUCCAACAAACAGAAGUCCUCUUUUGUGAGUAGAGAUUCUCCUUGAGAAAAAUGUUCACGCCAGUAUGAAAACAAGUCAUUGCAAAAAUGGCAUACAUGAUUAUAUUUAGU